AGCGUGGCGCAGCUGGCCUCCCUGCAGGUGGAGUCGCGGGCUCCGGGACUCGGGUUAGGAAUCUUCGAACUACCCCCUCUGGAGCUCGGCUUUUGGAGGUGUGCCGGGGUUGAUACCGGUGUGUUGCUCCGGGAAGGGGAGCGUGCCGCAUUUGCGCUUUUGGAUUCGGAGACGAAAUUGCAGCGGUUUGGAGAUCACUUACAGGAGAUAACGCUUCCAUUGCCUGCUCUGUUCCGGGUGCUCCGAGUCCGAACCGCAGCCCUAGUCCUCUCCUGAGGCGCACUUGACUGUGGGUUCGCGAACCCUGAAGGGGUGGAAGAGAGGGGCUCGAUCCCGGGAGGCGUGAGGUGCAAAGCGAGCUGGGCUGCGGUUCCUGAUCGUACCACCUCCACUAUCCUUCCUCAAUCUGCUCUUGCCGCCGGGGUGCAGAGGCUGGCACCGCCCUGCGGAGCUGGGGGCCGGAGCCACCUCGCUUAGCCCCUAGCGGCGUCUAGGCGCCCUCGGCAUCUCGCGCCCCCCUACCAGCUUGUUCCCAACUGAGCCAUGGCUUUUGCCAAUUUCCGCCGUAUUCUAAGGCUGUCCACCUUCGAGAAGAGAAAAUCCCGAGAAUAUGAGCACGUCCGUCGGGAUCUAGACCCAAACGAAGUGUGGGAGAUCGUUGGGGAGUUGGGCGAUGGAGCCUUCGGUAAAGUUUACAAGGCGAAGAACAAGGAGACGGGCGAGUUGGCUGCUGCCAAAGUCAUUGAAACCAAGAGUGAGGAGGAGCUGGAAGAUUAUAUCGUGGAGAUAGAGAUCCUGGCUACAUGUGACCACCCCUACAUAGUGAAGCUACUGGGGGCCUUUUACUAUGAUGGGAAGUUAUGGAUUAUGAUUGAGUUUUGUCCUGGUGGAGCAGUGGAUGCCAUCAUGUUAGAGUUGGAGAGAGGGCUCACGGAGCCUCAGAUCCAAGUAAUCUGCCGUCAGAUGCUGGAGGCCCUCGCCUACCUACAUAGUAAGAAGAUCAUCCACCGUGACCUGAAGGCUGGCAAUGUGCUGAUGACCUUGGAAGGAGACAUCAAACUCGCUGACUUUGGUGUAUCUGCCAAGAAUCAGAGAACCUUGCAGAAACGAGAUUCCUUCAUAGGAACACCUUACUGGAUGGCUCCUGAGGUGGUGAUGUGUGAGACCAUGAAAGAUACCCCUUAUGACUACAAGGCUGAUAUAUGGUCCUUGGGCAUCACGCUCAUCGAAAUGGCACAGACGGAGCCCCCUCACCACGAGCUGAAUCCCAUGCGAGUCCUCUUGAAGAUCGCCAAGUCGGACCCCCCUACGCUCCUCGCACCAUCCAAAUGGUCCUUGGACUUCCAGGACUUCCUGAAGAUCGCUCUGGAUAAGAAUCCAGAGACCCGGCCCAGUGCCGCGCAGCUCCUAGAGCAUCCCUUCGUCAGCAAAACCACCAGCAACAAAGCUCUCCGGGAGCUGGUCGCAGAGGCAAAGGCUGAAGUGAUGGAGGAAAUCGAAGACAAUAGGGAGGAAGGAGAAGAUGAUGACCCAACAGAAAUAGUAUCUCCCUCAGGGAAACACAAGAGGGAGUCUUCAGAAGUGAGUCAACUGAGUUUUGAUGGAGAGAAGCUCCCAGAGAUAUCGCCUCCUGUCCCCAUUGAGCCCAAAGGCAGCCUAGAUAAGCCCAGUGACAAGCUUUUAGGUGGAGAAAUUGCCGCCAUCCAGGGAGAUGGUGGCAACUCCGUUCAAACCACAAGCAGUUCUGACCUACCUGGAAAUGAGGAUAGCAAAGCUGUACCUACAGCCCCAGGGAAAUAUCGAUUCAGUGCACCACCAGGAUUCUUGGAUGCCAAAGUUUCAACCAUGGAGGAGAAACCUUUCCCUAACCAUCAGAGCAACGACUUGGACAUUGCUACCAACAAAAGCAAUAAGGGAAAUCGAAGCCGGCCCACGAGCAGCAUCCUGGAGAACUUAGUGGGUGAAAAGAUUGCCAAUGGGAGUCUAGAACCUCCUGCUCAAAUUUCCCUUGGCAAAUCCAAGACAGACUCAGACUGUGGGAGCCUCUCUGCCUCUGAGAGCAUGGAUUACAGUGUGUCACUCUCCUCUGACUUGUCUCUAAACAGGGAGUCGGGUUCAUUGUCUCUGAAGGAAUCCAGGCUGCACAACAAAACCUUGAAGCGCACCCGGAAGUUUGUUGUGGAUGGCGUGGAGGUGAGCAUCACCACGUCCAAGAUCAUCAGUGAGGAUGAGAAGAAAGAUGAAGAGAUGAGAUUUCUCAGGCGCCAAGAGCUCCGAGAGUUGCGUCUGCUCCAGAAGGAGGAGCAUCGUAACCAGACCCAGCUGACAAGCAAACAUGAGCUGCAGCUGGACCAGAUGCAGAGACGCUUUGAGCAAGAAAUAAAUGCCAAGAAGAAAUUCUAUGACACGGAACUGGAGAACCUGGAGCGGCAGCAGAAGCAGCAGGUUGAGAAGAUGGAGCAGGACCACGCGCUCCGCCGGCGGGAGGAGGCGAAGAGGAUCCGGGCUGAGCAGGAGCGGGAGUAUGCCAAGUUCCAGGAACAACUCAAGAUGAAGAAGAAGGAGGUGAAGAAUGAGGUGGAGAAACUGCCUCGACAGCAACGGAAGGAGAGCAUGAAGCAGAGGUUGGAGGAGCACACUCAACAAAAACAGAUUCUGGACAAAGAAUUUCUUGCCAAACAGAAAGGAGACUUGGAGUUAGCUAUGAAAAUGAUCACAGCUGAAAACAGACGGGAGAUCUGUGACAAGGAGAGGGAAUGCCUGAAUAGGAAGCAAGAGCUUCUUCGAGACCGGGAGGCCUCCCUGUGGGAGCUUGAAGAGCAUCAUUUACAAGAAAGGCACCAGCUUGUCAAGCAGCAGCUGAAGGACCAGUAUUUCCUGCAAAGGCACGAACUGCUCCGAAAGCAUGAGAAGGAGCGGGAGCAGAUGCAGCGUUACAAUCAUCGAAUGAUAGAACAGCUAAAGAUCCGGCAGCAACAAGAGAAGGCCCGUCUCCCCAAGAUCCAGAGAAGUGAAGGCAAGACUCGAAUGGCCAUGUACAAGAAGAGUCUCCAUAUCAAUGGUGGUGGCAGCGCCUCAGAGCAGAGGGAGAAGAUUAAGCAGUUUUCCCAACAGGAAGAAAAAAGACAGAAGGCUGAGAGACUGCAGCAACAGCAGAAACACGAGUCCCAGAUGAGAGACAUGAAUACCCAGUGUGAGAGCAACACGAGUGAGCUCCAGCAGCUCCAGAAUGAAAAGUGUCACCUCUUGGUAGAGCAUGAAACCCAAAAGUUGAAGGCCCUAGAUGAGAGCCAUAACCAGAACCUGAAGGACUGGCGGGAAAAGCUUCGGCCACGGAAAAAGGCUCUGGAGGAUGACCUGAACCAGAAGAAACGUGAGCAGGAGAUGUUCUUCAAAUUGAGUGAAGAGGCUGAGUGCCCACAUCCCAACUCACCGAACAAACUUGCUAAGUUUUUCCCAUACAGCUCCUCAGAAGCUUCCUAAAGUACAACUGGUAUGAGGCAGCACGCUUCCCAACAGCAGACAAGCCUCUUCAUCACUUAUUCUCUUUGGACAAGUAACUCAGGGCCUAUGACAUCCAUUCCUUCUAGAAUACAAGCCUAACUUUAGAACCCUGAACUAUCUGCCUCAGCUGUGUUAAGAGUUGCCAUCUACUCGUUCCUGAUUUUUCUCAGUCAUAGAUAGCAUGAAUUUUUUGUGUCCUUACUUUAUUCUGUGUCACCUGUUUCCAUCCAAUACCCUCAAAGCAUUUAUUUGCUUCACCUGAAGACCUAACUCAUCUUCAUUUUUGGUGUUGGUGGGAUUAAGGCUGAGAGGAGAGGCAAAUAAUGUGUGCAUUAGAAAUUCCCUUCCUGUUAUCCAAAAGGUAGUAAUUUUGCUCACUUGAGGGAGUCCAAUUCUGCAUUUGACUGGAGUGUUAGAUAUUACAGGCCCUGUUGGGUCUGACAUUUUGAGCAUGGAAACUGGUUCUUUCCUGUUGAAACUCUGGGUGAUCGAUCUCUUUGUUCAGUUAUUCCAUCCUCUUUAUUCCAUGUGUCCUGUAUUAUGUUGGAAGAGGGGUCUCAAAAAGGAAUCCUUCAUAUGUACCAGUCAUUUUGGAGCUGAACAAAGUCUAUGAUGUAGCCAGAGGGGGAUUUCUCUAGCUUUGUGUCUUUAUAAUACUUCAUAAUUGAUUACCCCAGACUUCUUUUCACUUUGCAGGUGAGUGGAGGGAGGGGAAAGGAUGCCAUUGCUCAUAUUUGGAAAAGAAGAGUCUGCCUGGAGUUUUCACCACAUUAUGCUUGACAGUGUUUUGUACCAUUUCAUUCUUUGUAUCUACGGGUUUGUGCCAGCCACAAUAUAGGCUGGGACUGCCACCGUAACUGGCCUGUUCUGAGCAAAAAGAUUUUGCCUGUACCUGAAUGUGUUCUCGUCUAAGAUCACAAAUUAUUUGCUGUUAAGCAUUAUAGGGUGGCAGAGGAAGAAAAAGGGAUGUGUUUUGUCACAGUGCAGUUUUCUCUUCAGGUAUACAUCAAAACAGUAAAUGUUUCAUACUGUGAUGUUCUCCCCAGCAUCCCUCCUGAAUGUGGGCAUGGGCAAGAUACCAGGCUUUCUUAUUGUGCCAAUGCUUUGAUACCACCACAUUGCUAGUUCAGAAGGCCAUCAAUGCCCAAUGGCAGCUAGCAAACUCUUGAAUUUCUUUUCUUCUUUCUGGGAAGAGAGCAGCAGGAGAAACCGAGGUAAAUAUGAGGCAUAGGCUUCAGCUGGAAUAAUUUUGCAGCAUCUGGUUCUACUUCCAUUUAUUGGAGCCCCUUUUUCCUUCUUGUUUUCUGCCUAUGACACUGUUUUUUAAGCCAUGAGACACUUUUAAAGAUGUAGUUCUGAGUCACAAAUAGAAUACCAAGAUGCCAAUGUAUCUUUUAAACUGGUCCCAAGAUUCUGGUCAUCAGAGAAUUCAGUCUAAAUAUGAAAAAAGGGAGUAGCUAUAACUGUUCAAAUGAUUUUCCAAGGAACUCUCCCUUUUCUUUCACCAUCUUUUAAAUUUUCAGUCAACACUGAAAAUAAUUUGGGGGAUAAGUUCUAGGAAAUAUAUGGGCAUACUGUAGUCUGGUCAUCCAUUCUUUUGUACAUCUGGUAACAGAGAGGUCAGUAAGGUCUCCAGAAGACUGCUUUGGUUUGGCUCAGACUACCACCAAAGUGUAUGCUUAACACUUUGCAUUUUAAAACAAACACUGGCUACGCUGGUUGUGGUUUUUCUUGGGUGGGGGGAGAGGAGAAGAAUAUCAAACCACUCAAUUUUGAUUGAGCAUUUGGGGAUGUUUAAGUUUUUCUUGCUAUGUAAAGCAAAUAUCCAGUGAAGAUGCUUUGCAGAAAGACAUUAGCUUUAUCAUAAUAUUCAUGCUCUAAGGUGAACAUUCAUUUCUUUGACAACUGGCUAAAUAUAAUUUCCAGGCAUUAGUGAUAAAUAUGUUUAGAGUUAAAUCAGUGCUUUGGAGGAAGGCCCUCUAUCAUGCUCCAACAUACUACAUCACUUUCCCCUGUUUCAUUAAGGGCCAUAGUAAUUGUAUAGCUGUUAGGAAGAUUUUGAAGUGGCAGUAUGAAAAAAAAAAAGAAUAUAAAUCCAUUUCAGCCAAAUGAUGCCAACUUCAAUGAAAGAUCAGGCAGAUGUGGCUUGGUCCUUUGUUUACAAUUUUUCAUUUUGUGAUUAUGAAUGUGUGUGGUGAAGCAAAAAAGUAAAUUGCUAACUUAAUGACUUGAGUGAGAAAUCCUUCAUUUGGUCUUUUUUUUUGCGGGGGGGUGGAACUUAAUGUAGUUGCUCCAGGAUUGCCUGUAUCCCCUAAUUUUUGUGCCUUUCCCAUGUGCUCUGAUUAGCUUUCACAGCAUUAUGGCUGUACAACACAUAGUUUUGUCUCUGAGAAGGAAGACAAGCACAGUACCAAGCGGAUUAUUUUUAUUGAAAACAAAACAACCCAACUGAAAUGUUUCCCUCCCUCCUUUUAGAAGUAAUCUUUAUUAAAGUAAAUGAAACUAA